AUGGAUAAUGUGGGUGAAUCACAUAUUGAAACCGAUGAAGAGAUUGAUAUCGAUAGUUUAUCACCUUCAUCUUCAAAACGUCUUAAGUUAAAUGAAAGAAGAUCUGUACUAGCUUGUAUUAGAUGUCGAAAACGUAAGACAAAAUGUCUGGGGGAAGAUCCUUGUAAAACUUGUACAAGAGCUAAAGUAACUUGUGAGUACCCCCGCAAAGCCAAAAGAAUAUCUAUAUACGAUGUUGAAGUUGAACAGUAUCAAGCUCAAAUUAAUAAAUUAGAAAAGGAAUUGGCUACUUUAAAAUCUAAGGCUACUAAAAAUAAUAAUGCAGGUGGAACUUUCUCUAAAGAUGCUGAUAUUUCAAUCUGGUUAGGUUCUGCCGCUAGUGAAUUAAUUUGUUGGAAUUUAAAACGGUUUACAACCAAGGGAUUUAAUAGUCAUUCCCCAACUUUGAGUCCGGACUUUAGUACAUUCUUGGAAGAAAAGACUUUUGAUUUUUUAUUCACUUCUACUUACAAACGUCUAGAUCGUGAUGCUGAAAUAGAACACCUUAGAAGUAUAACAUUUACUCAAACAUCGGCUUUAUUUGAUGCUGUUGUUUCAUUUAUUAAUAUGGGAUAUUUAACCAUCAAUCCUGUAGAAUUUAAACAGAGGCUACCUAGCUAUUUUCACAGUGACGGACAAUUGAAUAUCGAUUUACUAUAUCAAGGUGAAGAUUAUUUCAUAGUUCAAAUAUUAAUGAUUAUGGCUAUGGGUGAAAUAUACAAAAAGAAGUUUGGAAAUUCAAAGAGACCUCGGCAACAAGAAGAAGUUUCGGAGGCUGUUCCUGGCUUGAAAUAUUUUAGAAUUGUUUUAAAUCAUUUGCCAUCAACAUUCUACUUUUAUGAUCACAAGAAUCUAGAUAAUACUUUUGAAGUUAUCGAACUACUUGGUCUAGUUUCAGUUUACCUUAGAUUUCUUGACAAGAAAACAUUGGCUGUUUUAUUUACAAUCCAAUCUUUACAAUUAUGUAUUUCACUAAAUCUCCACAAGGAAAGACAAUUGAGAUCAAGAGAAAUCAAUAACUAUAAAACCGAUGAAUACUUAAACACUAUUUGGUGGUCAACAUUUUGUUUGAAUAGAUUCUUCAGUGCUAGAAUAAGUCAGCCAUUGCUAUUAAAUCUUAAUGACAUAUCAAAUCUAUCGACUAUUAAUUCUCGUACUCCACAACCAGCAACCAAAUAUGAGUUUGCCAAUGAAACAUGCAUGGAGUUUUAUAUUGAAUUAGCCAAGAUAAGUGAUAAAAUCACGAAUCAACUUUAUAAAACCACCAAAAGAAAUAGUUCACAAUUUCUAUCUUCCAUUCUUUCAAUAAUGGAAGUUUUAGUUAAUUGGGUUGAAAAUAUACCACAGUUUCUUAAAUUAGAUUUAUCAGAUAUUGAUAAUCUAGAUAAUAAUAGUAGAGUUAUUUGCUCACUUCACUUGAAUUAUAUUCAUCACAUUUAUCUUACGACUAUUCCUAUAUUAAUUAAUUUGGUUAAAUUUAGGAUCAUCAAUUUCUAUUCAUUUCUGAAGCUUGAUCCAACCCCCAUUACAUUGAAUGAAUUACCAAAAACAAUCAAUUACCUCAUCAGUUCAUUAAUAACAUCUAGUCAGUUAACUAUGAAUAUCUUCAUCGCUUUAUAUAGGCAAGAGAAACUCAGUAUUUACGGAAUGACAGAUCUAGAUUAUUUAUUUAGCUGCUCACUUGUGUUCCUCAUGUGUAUAUUACUCAAUUGUAAUGAAGACGAUAAGAAGAAAGGGAAAUUUGAAGACUAUUUACAAGUUUCAAUGGACAUAAUGAAUGAGAUGAAGUUGAAUGGUAAUUCAAUUGCUCAUGGUAAAUUAAAUCAGAUUAUCGAUUUAAUUGUAUCAUUGAAGAAAUUAUUAACUAAAUUGGGAUCCCAGGGAUUAAUUGAAAAGACUAAGAGAUAUAAGAGUAGAAGUAAUAAUAAUGAUCAUCAGAAAGUAGGCAUAGAAUCUUCUACAAGUCUAGAUCAAGUGGCUGAAAAAUUGAUAAAUUCACCAUCAUCUACUUCAUCUCCUGCUUCAAUAAACACUGAUGAUAAAUCACAACGGUUACAUCAUCAGCUGCAACAAUUUCCUGAAAAAUUUAUGUAUGAUGAAUGGUUAUCUCCACCAAAUGAUAUUCUAGAUUGCAAUUUUCUAUUACCAUCACAGUUUUCAACAGGUGAUGUGAAUACCAUGAAUUUACUUAACAUCAAUGAUCCUAUUAUGCAAGGUUCAAAUACUUUCACUUACAAUGUUACUGAAGAAGAUAUUAACUUCAUGGAUCAAUUUUUCAUUGACUUCUAA